GUGAAGCCUAAAUGUAUAGUGUUUAAGCAUGACAUGUAAAACAGCAAUCAGUGUUUACAGUUAUCACCCAUGUAUUUCUAUUAGCAGUGAUCGUUCUUUCGAUAAAACUUACAUUGGAUUUACCUAAAAGCUUUGCAAUGAACAAUACCGAUCGAUUUACAUACGAAGAGCCGGUUGUGUUAGAAAAAAUUGGUAGAAUAGCUGCCAAGAUUGCUUAUUAUAAUUUUGAGUGGCGUUUAACGACUUUAGUUAUAUUUAAUUCAGUAAACAGCGUCUUCGCGUUGGAGUCAUUUUUUAACGCCUACAAUAAGGCUUUAGUUGUUACAUAUGGAAGAUUUGUUCUUCAUCAACAAACAUUUUUUCCUCAGUUUGUUAUAUUUGGUCAUAGUUCUCUGGAAAUCAUCAAUACUAUCAAAUGGAUCGACAAAUCAAGAUAUGAUAAUGCUGGAAAAUUUAUUAUCAUAUGCGUUGAUUUAGAAUACAAAAAUUGUGAUGAAAAUCGGGUUUUCUUCACAUUGGCAAAAGUUAAAAUAAUAAAAGUGGUGUAUUUAAGAGUGACUAAGGACUCGGAGUACUUGUCCUUUUCAUAUGAUUUUAUUUUGCCCGAUAAUUGCUAUAAUAGUAAACCAGAAUUGAUUAAUUUUGAUACGAAAUGUCCAAACGAUGAUUGUUUUAAAAUGUUAUUUCAAAAUCGUCUAAAGAAUUUUUAUAAAUGUCCUCUUAUUGUGUCUACGUUUGAACAGCCUCCAUUCAUGUAUUUAAAUAAUGAAACUAAACAACCUACAGGAAGUGAUGGAGAUAUCAUCAGAUUAGUGGCAGAAGCAUUGAAUGCUACAAUGGAAAUAAAAAUACCUUCAGCAGGUGGUACAUGGGGGAAUUAUGAAAAUAAUAACUGGACUGGGUCUUUGGGCGAUGUAUUUAACGACCGCGUUCACGUGUCCGUUUGUUCAUUGCCUAUUUCCGAAGAUAAGUAUGGUAAUUUUCAAAUAUCCUAUAUCUACAACUCAAUGGAUAUAGUUUGGACAGCUGAAAUACCACCCAUAAAGCCAUCUUGGACUAAAUUGCUCUCUUCUUUGGACAUAACGUUACGAAUUGCAGUAUUCUUAAUGUUCAUUGCAAUUGCCUUCAUCAACACUAUUUUAAAAAGCCAUCAUUGGCGAAAAUUUGUCAAAGUUUUCACAAUAAAAUCUUUUCGAUCUAAUCUACUAAUUAAUUCCUGGGCCUUAUUUCUCGGCAUACCGAUAUUAAGAAUGCCAAACAAACGGGCACUUAAAUUAAUUGUCUUUAGUUGGAUUUGGUUCAGUUUUAUUAUCAAAAUUGCAUAUCAAGCAGCAUUAAUAAGUUCUCUGAAGAAUAAACAAUUUGGAGAUAAUUUCCCUGACUUUGAGUCAGUGAUAAAAACCAAGCGCCCUUAUGGGGGUUUGCCAACUCUUAGGCAAUAUUACGAAGAGGAUCCUUACGUUUAUGACAACUGGAUAGUUCUAGAUUUCGAUGAGUCUUAUGAAAUUUUAGAACAAAUAUGUGACGUUUCAACAAACUUUGUUCUUGCAUUUAAUAAAGAAAUAAUAAUGGAACACCUUUUUAAGUACAAUGGAACAAAGAGAUUACAGAUAUUGCCAUAUAAAAUUGUGAACAGUCCUACAGUGAUGUAUUUCAAGAAGUAUUCUGUUUUUGAGGCUCCCGUUAGCACUGUGCUCAGUAGAAUGGUGGAAUCGGGACUGACUCAAUUCUGGCGUAACAGAUAUUUGACAUAUGUAAACUUUUUCUUUCGUAGAAUAGAAGAUCACGAAGAGGAACCGUUUACGUUCGACAAUUUUAAAGCAUGUUUGGCCUUAUUAGUUUUUGGUUGGAUUUUAUCAAUAAUAUUUUUUGUAUUAGAGGUUUUUUGUGGGAGAUAUGAGAAGAGGCUUAAAUAGUUAAUUGAAAUAGUAAUGCUAAUAAGAACCUACACACAUAAUUUAGAUUAGUAAAUGUGGUUUCUGCUUAUGAUGUUUUAAUUAGGUAGUUGUUUAAAAAUGUCAUUUUAGUAAAUGUAUUCAUGACAAACUAGUAAUAAAAUAUUUAUAAUAUUA